GUCGGCUUUGUUAACUCAACGCUGGAGCGACAUUACAACUUCCCUCUUGAGUUGGCCCAGUUGGUCUCAUCGUGACGUGUAACACCGGGUAGUCCGUCAACCUGAAUAGUUUGUAAAAAAUGAAGUUUGCUAGUUUUGUUUAGGGCAAAAUGAAGUGAAUUUCGGGGUAGAAGACAGUCUUACAGCUCGUGUUGGGUCGCUUCCGGUAGCAAUAAUGCCUGUGUUGUUGGGAAGGGGAGCUAACAGAAGUCUGCUGUUUUCGCUCGCCGCCGUGUUGUUGCUGUCGAUCGGAGUUGCUGCCAUUCAGGAGGAGCAGAAAGCAGUGCAGGAACAGACGCAAAAUGAGAAAGCCACCAGUCCCCAUCCAGUGGGGCCGAUUGUUACCGAGACUGGCUCCAGCAAAGGAAACCUGGGUUUCAUCCACGCCUUCGUGGCCUCUUUAUCCGUCAUCAUCGUCUCAGAGUUGGGAGACAAGACGUUUUUCAUCGCAGCCAUCAUGGCCAUGCGUUACAACCGCCUCACCGUGCUGGCAGGGGCAAUGCUGGCUCUGGGGCUUAUGACUUGUCUGUCAGUAUUGUUCGGCUACGCCACCACAAUCAUCCCUCGAAUCUACACCUACUACGUGUCCACUGCACUGUUUGCCAUCUUUGGGGUGCGCAUGUUGAGAGAGGGGCUGAAAAUGAGUCCAGACGAAGGGCAGGAAGAGCUGGAGGAGGUGCAAGCAGAGAUCAAGAAGAAAGACGAGGAACUCCAGCGCUCCAAGCUGGCCAACGGCUCUCCAGACGUGGAGGCGGGAGCAGGACCCACCAUACCUCAGUCGAAGUGGCACAAACUGAUCUCGCCGAUCUUCAUCCAAGCCUUCACCCUCACCUUCCUGGCAGAGUGGGGGGACCGCUCACAGCUGACCACCAUCAUUCUAGCUGCCAGAGAGGAUCCAUUUGGAGUUGCAGUAGGUGGGACAAUCGGCCACUGUUUGUGUACAGGACUGGCUGUGAUUGGAGGACGAAUGAUUGCUCAGAAGAUUUCUGUGAGGACAGUUACCAUCAUCGGAGGGAUUGUAUUUCUGGCAUUCGCCUUAUCUGCCCUUUUCGUCAAGCCAGAAACUGGAUUGUAAUUGGUGCACAAAAAGGAAACUGUUCAUUCUGUAAAUAUGUGUAAGAUAUGGUCAACUUGCUGGAAAGAGACUUUCAUUUGGAUUCAGUAUUUGGCGUCUAUCUCUUGAGUCCCAGCAGCUUUUUGUCCAUGUUGAUCUUUGAGGUUAUUUCCGUCGUAGACGUCCAGGAGUCGUAUAACAGUAGACAAGCGGACUUUCCUAAUAGAAACGGAAAAAGCACCUCGUACAACCGGCUUUUCCUAGAAAAGCAUUUGUUCCGCUUCUGUUUGUGACUCGGGUGAAUUACGAAACGAGGAGUGCGUUCCUCCACAAGUUCAAACACGUCCACAUCACAGCGCCGGGGAGAGCAGCUGCUCUCUCUCAACGAGACAUUCUACCUUUCAUCAAAGAGCUUCGGCUUAAUCUCAGAACAGGAACCAUUUUAACGUUUUAUUUGGUACAACAGAAUCAUUGAGUUACUGCGGCUGCAGCCUGAAGGGGAACUGUAGUUGCUCAAUCUUAAGAGCUUUAUUCACAUCUGAAGGAGCGUUGAAGAAACCCUACACUUGACCUGACAGCGGAUCUCUUAACUAUACACACCUGUGUAUCAAGCUGAACCUGACAUGCAGUACUUUUCUCCACUUUGCAGGCUCAUUGUCGGCACUCACAGCUUUCAGUUUGCAUGGUACAGUACAGUACCAACCUAGUGGACCUCCUUUACUUUGAUCAGUAAAAAUAAAAAGUGGUGGAGUAUCUGGGUCAGUGGUUCUCAUCUAGAUAUCAGAGCGUUACUGUACCAUGUUAUGCAAAAAAAACCAUGAAUUUGUUGGAGAAAUAGUUUGGUUGCUUUUAAAUGUUUAGUUCUUCUAUUUUUAUUCUAACUUGUUUUAUUUUUGACUUCCACCAAGAUGUUUUAAUUCACACAGAGUCAGUAUUUCCCAUUGUACUGCAUAGAGAGACCGACCCAAACCACUUUAAUACCUCCAUCGUCUAAGCACAGUUUUUGUACGGUUUUUUACAUGUCUGGUUUUAUUUCUAAACAAAACUUCACUGAUUCUUAAAGGUAAAUUUUUUUCUGAAUAGUUCCCAGUGGCGAUGAACAGAAUGAGUUGUUCAUGCUGAAGAAUGGCCAGUCGGCAUUUAUCGUGUCAUGAAAUCAGUGAAACGGAGGAGAAAAACAAACGCAUCAGGAAAAGAAUCAGCGACUCACUACAUCUUAGACACCUACAAAUCAUAUGAAGCUCAACACUAAGGUGUUGCUGCAUCAAUACAAUGUAGUUUUACCCGUUUUAUUUAAAGUUGUGUAUUUAUUUAGCUUCAUUUACUUUAGUUGUGUGGUCUGUACACAAAGUGGGAGAAAUUUCUGUAUGUGGGGUGCAAUGUUUUUUCUUUUUCUAUUUUUUUUUCCUGUUUAACUGAACGGGUUUAAGUUGUGCUGUCAAUAUUUGACAGACUUUAACCCAGCUGUGAAACACUUCAGUUGUUUGAUUUGAUGAAAUGUCUAUAAACUUAGAAUUAACAAAAA